AUGGCGGACGUGAUGCUGAUGAAGGAGAUUGAGGAAACGACUGCUCGGCUUGGGAUAGAUCUCUCCCAAGUUGAUUUUGAUGCUAUUCGUCUCCCUCUUGGCGAAGAUUUCGGAAUCAUUAGUGAUGAUGAAGAGGUUCUACAAGAGGAGAGUCUAGAGUUUGAUUCUGGGUUUGGAAACAUUUUAGUUGUUGACAAUCUUCCGGUUGUUCCUUCAGAGAAUUUUGAGAAGCUCGAAGGUCUUGUUCGUAAAAUUUUUGGACAGAUUGGAGUAAUUAAGGAUGAUGGUUUGUGGAUUCCUGUUGACCCUACUAGACAGAAAACUUUAGGUUACUACUUUAUUGAGUACGGCACCCCAUAG